AUGGCUACAGCCUCACAGAAUGCGCCAUCAUUGGCUGCAUUGUGUGUGGCGCGUCUGGCUGUGGGUGCUCCACAGCGUGUACUACUUCAUAUAUUACGUCGCCUGCCUGAAGAAUUAGUACUGACAUUACUAGCCACGAUGAUCAAGUCCAAAACAUUGACAGACGACCGCUUGGCUGCCUUUUUUAUGAUUUCACGGCGUGUACUGAACCUCUCGGGCUGUAGCUCCAUCCGUAAUUCAAUUUUACGUCAGAUCCCCUUUCGCUGCCCCGAACUGCGCUGUUUGGAUCUAUCAAACUGCCCUCAAGUCACCAACACGGUCAUUCGUGCGGUCUUACAGGGCUGCUCGAACUUGCAGACGAUGCAACUGGAUGGAUGUCGCCACAUUACAGAUGCUGCAUUCCAGCCAGAUCACUCGCCAUUCUAUGCACUGCAUGCAUGCACGUCGCUGAAGGUUGUGAGCUUUGCACGUUGCUCACAGUUGACUAAGGAUAUUGUGGUAUUCUUGAUUAAAGCUUGCCGGUCGCUCAUUGAUAUUGAUUUUUCGCGCUGCAAACGUAUUCACGACGACGCCAUCCACUUGCUGCUUCGGUCGACAACCGACUUGCAACGGAUAAACUUGUCUUUUAUGGACAUAUCGGACAAGGCUUUUACAACGGAACCGUCGGACCAAAGCAACGGCUUCUAUGCCAUGGGCCGUGUCUUGCGUGCCAUUGAUCUCACCCAGAGCAGCGUCACUGAUGCGACACUGUUUGCACUGGCCAAACACUGCCCUCUUCUUGAGGAGGUGAAGCUUAGCUGCUGCAAUGGGAUUACGGACGUAGGUAUUGAAGCGCUUGUGCGCUCCUGCAGACGCCUGCGUGUGUUAGACAUGAACAAUUGUGCACUGGUCACAGAUCGCGGUGUGAGCAUGCUCGGAACUUACGGCCAACAGCUGGAAUGUCUGAAUUUGUCGUGGUGCAUGAACAUUACUGAUAAGAGCAUUGUGGAUGUUGCUCAAGGCUGCAAAAAGCUAAAGGAAUUGCUGCUGGUUUGGUGCACACAGCUCACCGAUGCCUCGAUCGACGCGUUUCUUCCGAAAACCAGGUCGACUUUAAAAACGACAAGAAGAGUGAAAGACUUGAAGGUGAAUAUCAGUGGAUGCAAGAGGAUCAGUGUCUUUCACUUAGAGGAAGCUCGCAGGAUGGGGCUUGACAUUGUCACAGGUGUUUGA